AGGAGCUGAGCCAUAAGGCGGCCGUGUGCGUGAAGCUGACAACGUUCUCUGUUAGGCCUAGCGAUGGCACAGCAGCUCGCCCGGGAGCAAGGCAUUACCCUGCGCGGGAGCGCGGAGAUCAUGGCCGAAUUUUUCUCAUUUGGCAUCAACAGCAUUUUGUAUGAGCGUGGCAUAUAUCCGUCGGAAACCUUUACUCGAGUGCAGAAGUAUGGACUCACCCUGCUUGUAACUACUGACCCCGAGCUCAUAAAGUAUCUCAGUAAUGUGAUGGAGCAGCUAAAAGAUUGGCUCUACAAGCGCUCAGUCCAGAAACUGGUGGUGGUCAUCUCCAAUAUUGACAGUGGAGAGGUCCUUGAAAGAUGGCAGUUAGAUAUUGAAUGCGACAAAACUGCAAAAGAAGAUGGUGUUAAAAGAUGGUGUUGUAGAGAAAAAUCACAGAAAACCAUCCAGGAUGAACUCCGUUCAGUCAUCAGGCAGAUCACAGCUACUGUGACUUUUUUGCCACUGCUGGAAGUUUCUUGUUCAUUUGAUCUGCUGAUUUACACAGACAAAGAUUUAGUUGUACCUGAAAAAUGGGAGGAAUCAGGACCCCAGUGCAUUACCAAUUCUGAAGAUGUCCGUCUACGCUCAUUCACUACCACAAUCCACAAAGUGAACAGAAUGGUGGCCUACAAAAUCCCUGUCACUGACUGAAGAGAAGGUAAAGAAAGCCAGGAUCCUUGUUUGAUAAACGUUCCUCGUUGUUCCAUUUCUUGGGUUCCUCCUGGACUUGCCAUAAAGUCAGCAUAACAAGACUGCUGCACAUUAAGGCAAACCGACCGAUCUUUGUCAACAUUGUGGAGUGGAGUCCUUUAAAAGUGGUCA